AUAUGGGAAAAGCCUCGCCGUUCGAAGACGUUGCAGUGUUGCCGGCCAUUAGUUUCUCUUCUUCUUCUUCUUCACAUCAACUGCCUUUUUAACUCCGAUUCCAACUCAUUUCUUCAUAGCUAAAACUGAUACAAUCUUCUCAUGAUUCACGUACGCACUCCAAGUCCUCCUUCGAAAUGCUGAUUAUGAGAGGUUGCGUACGAAGCGCGAAGAAGCUGACAUGUCUCAGAAAUGGAAAUUUAGGUUUUGGGUUUUUUCUUUCGAGGAGAUGGGUUUCGAACAGUAGUGGUGAAGAAGAUCGAUCGAGUAGUGGAAAGAGGUUUGCGGCUCUAUGGGGAAAUGGCGAUUACGGUAGAUUGGGGCUGGGAAGCUUGGAGUCUCAGUGGCGACCUGCUUUCUGCUCUGCUUUCGCCAACGAAAGCCUCACUGGAAUUUCCUGUGGUGGUGCUCAUACUCUCUUUUUAACAGAAACGGGCUGUGUCUAUGCCACGGGUCUCAAUGAUUUUGGACAGCUAGGAAUAUCAGAUGAUAAAAGUUAUACAAUUGAGCCCCUCAAAGUUUCUAGACUUCCCAAGGAAAUUAUUAAAGUUUCUGCUGGUUAUCAUCACUCCUCUGCCAUUACAGGAGAUGGGGAGCUUUACAUGUGGGGCAAGAACUCAAACGGACAGCUUGGGCUUGGAAAAAAGGCAGCAAAAGUAGUUACUGCACCUAGGAAAGUUGAAUGCUUGACUGGGGUCACUAUCAAAAUGGCAGCUUUGGGUUGUGAGCACUCAAUUGCUGUUACAGAUAAAGGUGAGGCCUUAAGUUGGGGAGGAGGGGGGUCUGGAAGGCUUGGUCAUGGACAUGAACGAAGCAUGUUGGGCUUUUUAAUGAGUACCAGUGAAUACACCCCAAGGCUUAUUAAGAAACUUGAAGAUGUCAAGGUCAAAAGUAUCGCUGCAGGGAUGUUGCAUUCAGCAUGCAUUGAUGAAAAUGGUUCUGUCUUCAUAUUUGGUGAGAAAGCAGUGGAUAAACUGGGCCAGCAAGCAAAGAAUGCAACAACACCAUCCAUGAUUAGCCAACUGCCAUUUUCCGAAGAAGUUGCGUGUGGUGGUUAUCACACGUGUGUCCUUACAAGUGGUGGAGAACUAUACACAUGGGGCUCAAAUGAGAAUGGCUGUCUCGGUAUCGGCUGUACAGAUGUCAGUCAUUUACCAGAAAGAGUUCAAGGUCCAUUCUUGAAACAUCCUGUUUUCCAGGUAUCGUGUGGAUGGAAGCACACAGCAGCAAUUUCUGAAGGCAAUGUUUACGCAUGGGGUUGGGGAGGUUCACAUGGAACAUUUUCUGAAGACGGAUAUUCUUCUGGUGGACAACUGGUUUGCUUCUAUCCUAUAUUUGGGUCAGGGAAAUGAUGUUGACUACAUUGAACCUGCACGGAUCAACUUUGGCAAGAAUGUGAAAGCAUUGCAAGUAUCAUGCGGAUUCAAUCAUACAGGUGCCAUACUUGAAUACACUUGAAAUAUAGAUG